AAAACUGACAUCAUCGUUAUUUUCAGAGGAGCUGAAGCUCAGAGGUGGAUAAAGUUCGUCUCCACGUUGGAAGUGAUCGAAAGUACUAUCCCAAAUCAGGCACUGUUUUCUCUGUUGUAGGAGGAGCAUCAAUCGAAAGAGGAUUAUUUUGUCGGACAUUUUGUUGUGGGUGGCGGGGAAACGACGCCUUUUGCUUUUUAUUUUUUUAACCGACGGUCGUGCUGGUCGAGAGAGAAAAGUUUUCUCGGGACGCGAAGUUGUCAAGUGAUUGGAACUUGGACAAAAGGCGGACUCCUCUGUCACAAGACCGAGAGAUAGCAAGUCAUAUGUAAACAGUGGACUGUUUUCAAGGUGAGAACUCCUCUCGUAAAGUGACACAACUUCAUGUCCGGGAAAAUGGAAGCGACGUUCUACGACGACGCCGUGAACGCCUCGAACCCUCACCAGGACGGGGCGAGGGUGUACGGCUUCAACACAAAAGCUCUCAAGCAAUCUAUGACUCUGAAUCUAAACGAUCCACGAAACUUCAAACCCCAACUGGGCACCAAGGCCCUGGACAUUCUCACGUCGCCCGAUGUGGGUCUGCUGAAGCUGGCCUCCCCGGAGCUAGAGCGGUUAAUCAUACAGUCGUGCACGGGCCUGACGACCCCCACCCCAACACAAUUCAUCUGCCCUAAGAACAUCACCGAUGAGCAGGAGGGCUUUGCCGAGGGCUUCGCGAGGGCGCUGGCUGAGCUCCACUACCACCAGAUGAGCGCCGCCCACUCUGAGGCGCCGCAGGCCACCGGAAUGGCUUCCGGCUCAUCCGCGUCCGACACCGGCGAGAACACUUACAGCUGCACGGUGCGCCCCCCGGAACCCCCCGAAUAUACAAAUCUGGCCAAUUUCAACCGGCCCGUACUGGGAUCCAAUAACAGACCCGCACCCCCCGCCUGCUACCCAGCGCCCCCACCGGCUCCCCACGUGGAUCACCAGGCGCCGCACUCGAGGCUUCGUGCCCUGAAAGAGGAGCCCCAGACGGUGCCAGAGAUGCCCGGCGAGACGCCGCCGCUCUCUCCCAUCGACAUGGAAAAUCAGGAGCGUAUUAAAGCGGAAAGGAAGCGAAUGAGGAACCGGGUGGCCGCGUCCAAGUGCCGGAAACGGAAGCUGGAGAGAAUAUCUCGUCUGGAGGACAGAGUGAAAAAUCUUAAGAACCAGCACACAGAGUUGGUAUCGUCUGCCAACAUCCUGCGGGACGAGCUGGCUCUGCUCAAACAAAAGGUCAUGGACCACGUCAACAGCGGCUGUCAGCUCAUCUUGACACAGCAGCUUCAGGCAUUCUAGACUCCUGGCAAGGGUGCUGCAUGAUGGGACAUGUCUUGGGGGACCAAAUAACUCAGAGUGGCCAGAAGACGUCCAAAUGGUCGUCAGCUCAGGCACUUUCUCCUUCCAGCUUUUCUGUAAACAUGCUGAUUUGUAAUGAUGAAUGACGCAGAACCUGGGCCACACGCAGAUGAUAUUUGACAUCAUACUGUUACAAACAUCCUUUAAGGGGGUUCUUAGUGUUUUUAGACUCCAUCCAGUGCUGACGUGGGAGCACCCGCAAACCCUUUACUCAGCUAAUAAUGAUGCUAUGAUGUCAAACAUGCUGCAAUAAAUAACACAUUAGAUGCACUUGUACAGAAACACUAACAUGGUCUAACCUUUGACGCACUCAGGUGUGAAACGUUUACUGACUUUACCUGCCUUACUUACUCUUAAUCCUCACAUUGAUGCAACUUUUGGGAUGCAGGUCAGGUGUAACUAAUGUUAGGCAUUGAAUAUUUGUACGCCGUUUUUGAGCACUUCACAAUUGUACAGAUGACAAAAUAAAAUGUUGAAUUCAA